AUGCGGGGCUGCAGGGACAUGUUUGAAAAACCAUCUUUUUCGUGCUCAUAUAUUUUCUUUUUGCAGUAUGGAUUUAUAAACAUGUGCCUGAAGUCUUUGGUGGUUGAAAAGUACGGUGAAGAAACAUGGGAAAAAUUAAGGCUGCAGGCUGGAGUCCAGGAUUCUUUCUUGACUUUUGAGGUUUACAAAGAUGAGAUCACAAUGCAGCUUGUCGACAAAGCCUGCAAAGUAUUAGGUGUUCCUGCUGACAUUGUUCUGAGGGAGUUUGGAAAGUAUUUCUUUGAAUUCUGUAAGCGCUCAGGCUAUGACCACAUGCUGAGGACACUGGGUGGAAAUCUCUAUGAGUUCAUAGAGAACCUGGAUGCCUUGCACAGCUACCUGUCCCUUUCUUACCAGGAGAUGAAUGCACCAUCUUUUAGAGUAGAAAAGAAUGAAGAUGGGUCAAUGCAUUUACAUUACUAUUCAGACAGAAGAGGUCUGUGCCAUAUUGUGCCAGGAAUCAUCGGUGCAGCAGCCCUGGAUUUUUUUAACAUUGAGAUUUCAAUGAAAAUAGUCAAUCAAACAGAAGAGGAAGAAGAAAGAACUGGGAAAAAAGAACAUAUUGUUUUUCUUGUCACUCAAAACCCUCUCUUUCCAUCCAAGGAAAGAAAUGAAUUUUCUUCCUCAUCUCAAUGUCUUGUUGACUCUGAAAAACAAAUUGAAAACCAACUGAAUAAAGAGGACCUUGAAAAAGCCAAGAAUGCAAAUGGAGACAGAGGGAACUCUGUUUGUCCUGUUAAGAAGAGUCACUGGAGAACAUUAAGAGGAAUAAUCACAUUAGGAAAAGGUAAGCUCCUGAGAGGAUUUGAUCCUGUUUAUCCCAAGAGCCUCUGGAUUGAUACAAAAACGUUUUGCAAUGGACUUCCUUUUCAUAUGGUUUUUGACAAAGAGCUCAAAGUGAAGCAAGCUGGGGUGAGCAUUCAAAAGAUUGUACCUGGCCUUCAGACCAUGGGCAUCUGCUUGGAUCAGUACUUCAGAAUCAUUCACCCAGAAGUACCCUUCACCAUCUCCAGCAUUCAGAAAUUCAUCAACAGCCAAUUUGUUUUCCAGACUAGGAGAGAGAUGAUGCCUGAGUCAUGGAAAGAACGGCCAAUGCUAGAGCUAAGAGGCCAGAUGAUGUGGAUGGAGUCCCUGCAGUGCAUGCUCUACCUCUGCUCACCUUUGCUUCGCACUUUGCAUGAGCUGGAGGAGAGGCAGAUGCACAUUGCAGACAUCGCCCCUCACGACGUGACCAGGGAUUUGAUUCUCCUCAAUCAGCAGCGACUGGCAGAGAUGGAGCUCUCAAACCAGCUGGAGAGGAAGAAGGAGGAGCUGCGGAUCCUGUCGAAGCACCUGGAGGAAGAGAAGAAGAAGACUGAAGCUCUGCUCUAUGCCAUGCUUCCCCAGCACGUGGCCAACCAGCUGAAAGAGGGGAAGCGAGUUGAGGCAGGAGAGUUCAAGGAGUGCACUAUAUUGUUCAGUGAUGUGGUGACCUUUACCAACAUUUGUGCCCAGUGUGAGCCUAUUCAGAUAGUUCUCAUGUUAAAUUCAAUGUACCUGAGGUUUGACAGACUGACCACAGUGCAUGAUGUGUACAAGGUGGAGACGAUUGGAGAUGCCUACAUGGUGGUAGGUGGGGUCCCUGUGCCCGUACCCACUCACGCAGAGCGAGUUGCUAAUUUUGCCUUGGGCGUGAUAAUGGCUGCCAAAGGAGUACAGAACCCAGUUUCUGGGAAUCCUAUCCAAAUUCGAGUUGGGAUCCAUACAGGUCCUGUCUUGGCGGGGGUUGUUGGAGAAAAGAUGCCUCGUUACUGCUUGUUUGGAGACACGGUGAAUAUCGCCUCCCGUAUGGAGAGCCACGGCGUGCCCAGCAAAAUUCACCUGAGCUCCAGUGCCUAUCAGUGCCUAAAAUACAAGAAUUUUGAGAUUACUGAAAGAGGAGAAAUAGAAGUAAAAGGAAAAGGGAAAAUGCGCACAUACUUCCUCAUUAGAAAUAAAUCUGCAACUGAAAAUGAGAUUAUGGGAAAGCCAAUGAAAGAUUUGGAUUCUGGCCAUGAAUCUGUUCAGUCCUUUCCAGAAGGCAAGACUGAAACUAUACCAAGUUCUCAUCAACCAGCUACUCAGACUCAGCAAAAGAAGGACCAGACCCCAGCUAUUGCAAUGAAGUAUGUUGAUGGCCCCCCAGAUGCACAAAACAGCCUCAAAAGAAGAAAUCAGAUGAAAGUUGGAGAUUUAACAGGCAAAACUUGUGAUUCCAAAAGCGAUGGGAGUCUCCAUGGCAACCAGCAUGCAGAUGAUGGUCCUCGUCCUCCAAACCAGGGAAGAGUCAAACCUGCUACUGAAGAGCCACAGAAUAGAAAUGUUCGCUCUAAUUUUUGCACUUUACUCUAG